CAAAAAGAAAGUUAGGAUCAGACGCUAUACUCAACUUCUGUUUGUUGUGGGGCACACUGACCUGGACUCUAUUUAUCAGUUGAGAAAAAUCUUCCAGCAGAGGAAUAGAUUACCGGAAGGAUCAAUGUGUGGUGUUAUCCACGAGCAGCAUAUAGAAGGUUGUGAUUUUUAGCGUCGUUUGUCGUAAUUUAUUACAUAUGGCAAGUAGCACUGCAGCUUCCAAGAAGAAAGACAAGCGAACGACACUGCUUGAUUUCGACCUGACAACAACUCUAGGUACGGGCACUUUUGGACGAGUGUUACUCUGCCGCGAUCAGAGGUCCGGUGAAUACCAUGCCUUGAAGAUAAUGAAUAUCAGAGAAGUAAUCAGACUUAAACAAGUUGAACAUGUACAGAACGAGAAGAAUAUUCUAACCAAGAUUGAGCAUCCAUUUAUCGUGAAUUUAUUAUGGACGCAUCAUGAUAACACAUUCUUGUAUAUGCUUCUGGAGUAUGCCUGCGGUGGUGAACUUUUCACUUACCUUCGUACAGCAGGAAGAUUUAACAAUGGGACAGGAUUAUUUUUUGGAGCUGAAAUAGUAUCUGCCCUUGAUUAUCUCCAUCACAAUAGUAUAGUGUAUCGUGAUCUCAAGCCCGAGAAUAUUCUCCUUGACAGAGAAGGACAUGUGAAACUCACAGAUUUUGGUUUUGCCAAAGAAGUUCAGGAUAAGACAUGGACUCUUUGUGGUACUCCAGAAUAUCUUGCUCCAGAAAUAAUACAAAGCAAAGGUCAUAAUAAAGCAGUGGAUUGGUGGGCACUAGGAAUUCUUAUCUAUGAAAUGCUUGUUGGGUAUCCUCCGUUUUUCGAUGACAACCCUUUUGGAAUUUAUGAGAAGAUAUUGUCAGGCAAAGUAGAGUGGCCAAAACACAUGGAAACAACAUCAGCAAAAGACUUGAUCAAAAAGUUAUUAGUACAUGAUAGAACAAGACGACUAGGAAGUAUGAAGAAUGGCACAGAAGAUGUCAAAUGUCACAAAUGGUUCAAAGUGAUUGACUGGAAUUUAGUUUAUCAAAGAAAGCUUAAGGCGCCAAUUGUUCCAAAGCUCGCGCACCCGGGCGACACGAGGAAUUUUGAUGACUAUCCAGAAGAGAACUGGAGAGCAGCGCCGCCCCUCUCUGGGAAAUUAUUGGAGCCGUUUAAAGAUUUUUAACCGAGGAGAUUUCACUUAUUUUAGUUAACCAGUUUAUCUUGGAUUUGCCAAGAGAGUACAAGGAUCACGGGCGAGAGAAGAAUUCAAAUCACAUGAGAGAUGUCACGUCGUGGAUUGUUCCGAUUCCGAAUAAUCCCCUUGUCUCUAGGAAUUCAUUUGAAGUCUUAUUUAUUACUGAAUGCGUUGUUACGUUUAGGCAAGUUAACAACUGUCUUAGAAGGUCAAGACGACAUCUGUCGCAGUGAGUCAUAGUCGGUAUUUUAUGUUUUUAAAUGUAAUUAGCUAACUUCGUGACAGCUAUGGAGAAGGUACAUUUGUUUUUUACUAUGGGCAUUAUUAUUUUACAAUUUAAAAUUCAAAAGUUUUGUAUUUUUUUUAUUUUUCAUAUUUUAGUGUGAGCCUCGAGCAUCAUGCCUGUUCGCUUUGCUGAAGAAUUGCAAUUUUAAAGGAACUCAGUCACGGUAUUUUGAGUUAUUUUGACCACAUUAAAAUUACCUUUAAAUGGUAGGAAACCUGAAAAUAGCAGUUUAAUAAGAUAGAAAAACACCAAAGACAUAAUGAUAAACCAUAAAGGAACAAGGAUGCCUAAGGAUGGAGAAGAUUAACACGGAUUACAAACGACGAAUUUGAAAAAUUGAGGCUAAACGUUUCAAUAUGCGCAAACCGUGACUGAGCUCCUUUAGAGAUUCAUCUAGGUUGAAACUGUCUUUGACGUUGGUUUUCCGUGAUAAAUGUUGUGUUAUGAUACGGGGGUAAUGUAUAAUUAUCGACUGAAAGAUUAUGUAAAAAAUUACGAGCCGUCGACGGCCAAAAUUUGAACAACGAUUUCUCUUUACUUCUGAAUGGUGCGUGAUGAAUGAAUUAUUACUUUUAAUUCCUUCUUUUGCGACCAGCUUUCAACUCUUUUAAUUUUUUCCUCUUAAGUCUACAAAGGAGAGCGCUCAACGUUUUACAGAAUGUGUCUCACCCUCAUGAGAUAAUAAACCACGUGGUUUUCAUAAACCAAUCAGGUAGCGACUGUGUCGCGUCACGUGAUGUGCUGUGCGCCCCAGCCCACCUUAGGGUGGUCGAGUCAGUCGGGGGAACGGGUACCAGUCGAUGGUAAAAGUCUUAAAUGAGCCCGCGAUUUUUGUUCCUUGUGGUCGGAGUUGUCUGACGUAUACUCGUGAGUGCUCGACCCGGUUCGGUCGGAAUCGGAAAUUGAGUCGCUGAAGAUAGAACUUGUUCCCUCGACUAAAAUAGUUCUAGUUACUGUUAAUACUAGUUUCGGAAGAUAAUUAAAUUCUUCUUGAACUUUCAAGUAUAAAAAUCAUAAUCGGGAACUGCCAUUAUAUAGAGGGAGGGUUUUAUUUUAUUUUGUCAAGCAUUUUAUUGCUUUUGUCACUCUGUAGCACGUUCCAAGCUCUCGCUCUUUAAUUUCGUCGCGUUCACUGACCGAGAGCCUGGUACAGACUAGUCACCAGACUAGGUGAGCUUUCUUUGACUCAGGCCUCUCGCCGCGCGCAUCGUUUAUGUAGUCUUUACCAUUCCCCUCUCGAGAUUCUGGCAUUCUCGAUUGUGACUGAGUCUAUUUUUGUAUGCGAAUUGAAAAUUUACUGUAUAGAUUAACAUAUCAACUUGAAUUUAAUUUUUGUAAAAUGUGUCAAUGGAUACACGAGUCAAAAUUUCCAAAUAAAAUUUUAUAUAUUCGGUUGGAAAAGUCUUUGUUUUACGGGGUUUUACAGGUUGUGGCUGAUGGAGGCGAAGCCAUGAACAUCCCCAACUGAAAAGUAAAUUUACAUUUGACUUACGUAAUAGCAGAGGCUAAAUGGGGAAUUUCUCUUUAACAUUCGAAAAAGAUAUUUGAUAAAGGAUGGCUUAAAAUAGAUUGAAAUUCUCAUAUGAUAUAUCACUGUUCAAAUGAUUGGAUUAAGAAGAACAAACUUAAAAAGGAACUACCCGUAUUCAGCGUCAAGACAAGACAACGUUUAUUUUUGUACUGAUUUUUUUACAAGAAUAAAUAUGUUAUAUAAAUUGUAAAUACAUUCAGUAGCUUGUCAUCCAACAUAACUCUAAAAAGUUUAACUAGCUUACAAAAGGCAGAAGAUUGGUUUAACUAGACUGUCGACCUAAAUGUUAAAUUCUUAAUUAAGGUUUGAUAAUACAGAACAAAUAUUGAAUAUAAUUCACUCACAUGUAUACAAACAAUGAAGGAAAUAAAUAAGUAGUAGUAGUACGGAAAUUUCGCAAACCUGUCAAAACUCCCGAGGGUUCCGUUACAGGCUCGAGUUUGAUUGGUUUAUUUUAAAAACAAUAAAAAUGACCGGAAGUGAA